UUUUUCUUGCUGGGGAGUUUUACUUCUAGGUUUUUUAGUGGGGCGCCGUCGAGGGAUGGUCUACUACUUCAAGGCCAGGCCCGAGGUGGGCGACUUCACCAUCUACAUGGGGCUGGACAAGCACGAGAACGAGGACCUCAUCAAGUACGGCUUCCCCGAGGAUAUCUGGUUUCACGUUGACAAGCUCUCCUCGGCUCAUGUCUACUUGAGGCUCCACAAAGGCCAGACCAUGGACAGUAUCAGCGCGGAGCUCCUGGAGGACUGCGCUCAGCUCGUCAAGGCAAACUCCAUCCAAGGGAACAAGAUCAACAAUCUCGACAUCGUCUACACUCCCUGGUCGAAUCUUAAAAAGUCGUCUUCCAUGGACGUCGGCCAAGUUGGAUUCCACAAUCCCAAGCUCGUCCGGACUGUCAAGGUCGAGAAGCGCGUGAAUGAAAUCGUCAACCGGCUCAACAAGACCAAAGUCGAAAGAACUCCAGACUUGAAAGCCGAGAGAGAGGUCUACAACUCCCAGGAACGAGCGGAGCGAAAGAACCAGAUGCGCGACAAGAAACGUCGCGAAGAGCUGGAGCGCGUCCAGAAGGAGAGGGAGGCGGACGUCCGGAGCUACAAAGCCCUGAUGGUGUCGGAGAAGAUGACUUCCAACAAGGACAUUGCCGGCAAAGGCAAGUCUCUCCAGGAGAUUGAGGACGACUUUAUGUGACGAGCCUCAACCAGCCCCGGCCUGUCCAUCCUUCCUCCCUGGAGCGUUCGCACGAUAACGAUGAAAUAAGCUGGACGCUUGUUGAAGCACGUACCAUAACUCUUUAAUCUUCUAGUGAUGCCGCUCCUCGCUCGCUCCUUGUUCGUCACAAGCACAGGCUUCCAAACUGAGAGUUCCAAUCCUCGUAGGCACCCAGCUCGCAUUUCGAGACUGAAGGCUUUACUUCUUGAAGAGCGGCCCUGAAGUCCUGCAAAGGAGAUUAAGAGUACGUAGAGUGGAAGCUUUUGCUUACCUGUAGCCCAAUAGCUCGCAUUUCUUCGGUGCUAAUCUUGCCAAUGUCUUUCCCCGCU